UUUCUAACAUUUAUUAGAUUGUAUUUCUCCUCUUUUGCGCCUAUAAAUAGCAAUCCUCUCUCAUUCCCUCAGGUACUCUCACAUCAUCACACAACUGGCUACUUCAAACAAAGACUUUCCAAGACGAGAGAUAUAAAGAAAGAGAGAUCAUGGAGCAGACCAUUAAGUUUCCUGUUGUAAACUUGUCCAAGCUCAAUGGUGAAGAAAGAGACCAAACCAUGGCUUUAAUCAACGAUGCUUGCGAAAAUUGGGGUUUCUUUGAGAUAGUGAACCAUGGGUUACCACAUGAUUUGAUGGACAACGUUGAGAAGAUGACAAAGGAGCAUUACAAGAAAUCAAUGGAGCAGAAGUUUAACGACAUGCUCAGGUCCAAAGGUUUGGAAAAGCUUGAGACAGAAGUUGAGGACGUCGAUUGGGAAAGCACUUUCUACCUUCGUCACCUUCCUCAAUCCAAUCUCUACGACAUUCCUGAUAUGUCUGAUGAAUAUCGGACGGCCAUGAAAGAUUUUGGGAAGAGAUUGGAGAAUCUUGCAGAGGAUUUGUUGGAUCUACUGUGUGAGAAUCUAGGGUUAGAGAACGGGUAUCUGAAGAAAGUGUUUCAUGGAACAAAAGGUCCAACCUUUGGGACUAAGGUGAGCAAUUAUCCACCUUGUCCUGGACCAGAAAUGAUCAAAGGUCUCAGGGCCCACACUGAUGCAGGAGGCAUCAUCUUGUUGUUUCAAGACGACAAAGUCAGUGGCCUCCAGCUUCUCAAAGAUGGUGAUUGGAUCGAUGUUCCUCCACUCAACCACUCCAUUGUCAUUAAUCUUGGUGACCAACUCGAGGUGAUAACCAACGGCAAGUACAAGAGUGUGAUGCACCGUGUGGUGACUCAAAAAGAAGGGAACAGAAUGUCUAUUGCAUCGUUCUACAAUCCUGGAAGCGAUGCGGAGAUCUCUCCAGCUUCAUCACUCGCCAGCAAGGAAACCGAAUACCCAAGCUUUGUGUUUGAUGACUACAUGAAGCUUUAUGCUGGGGUCAAGUUUCAGCCUAAAGAGCCACGCUUUGAGGCGAUGAAGAAUGCUACUGCAGUUACAGAACUGAACCCAGCCGCAUCCGUAGAGACUUUCUAAAAACGGAGUUGAGAGUUUAAGUGAAGCAAAGAAAGAAAGAAGAUGGUUUGUUUUGUGUGUUUACGUGAAUAAGUUAAGACUGAGAUUAGUGUUGAUAUAAUUAAUAAUCUGGUUGAUUAAUUGUUGUUCAAUGGUGUGUUUAAAGUGUGUAAUGUUUAUGUUUAUGGAAGAUAAUAAUAUUAAUAUGAGUAAUUGUUCUAAUAGUUUUAA